ACGUGACACCCUUAACAACUUCCCACCAUCUCAAAACCCCACCACACCGCCUCCCAAGGGCCGCAGAGUCAGCCGACACCGAGCGGGUUGGUGGCCCGGCCCAUCUAAGAUGGGUGCGUAGCUUAAGCCGCGUACGCCACCGUCGUAGCGUCCCCAGCCACCGCUCCCUCAGAGCCCGAAAAAAAAAAAACAAAAAAGCCAAAAUGCUCCCAGUAACCUACGCCGCUCCUCUUAUCCUUCACCCCAACCACCACCCCUCUCCACACUCAUGGCCGCGUCCUCCUCCUCUCCUUCUCCCUCGCCCUCUCCUCGCCCCAUCGCCCAACAACCUUCUAGAAGGAUCCCUCCUCCUUGCUGGUCCCACCAAGAAACCGUAGCCCUCAUCGACGCGUACCGCGCGAAAUGGUACUCCCUCAACCGGGGCAACCUCAGGGCUUCCCACUGGCAGGAGGUCGCCGAUUCGGUAGGCCGCACCUGCCGCCUCGUCUCCCCUCCAAAGACCUCCCUCCAAUGCCGCCACAAGAUCGAGAAGCUCCGCAAGCGCUACCGCACCGAGAAGCAGCGCUCCCUCGCCGCGGGUCCCCACGCCGGGCCCCCCUCCUGGCCGUACUUCCGCAAGAUGGAUUCCAUGGAAAUUGGUGGUGCCUCACCGGACACCUCAGACGACGACGAUGAAUUCGAUGCCAGGGUUGGCAACACCCGCAGCUUGCACCGCCUGCUUUUGAAUGGCGCGGGCCACCGUUCUGGGGCUUCUGCUGCCGCCGCAUCCGCGGGAGUACGAACGAAGGUCGAGGAGAGGCGUAAUUCGGGCGGUGACGAUUUGAAGAGGGGUUCUCCAUCAUCUUCCGGUUUCGAUGCGGUGGCCUCGGCUGUCCGGAUGGUCGGGGAUGGGUUUAUGAGGAUUGAGAAGAUGAAGAUGGAGAUUGCGAAGGAGACAGAGAGGGUGCGGAUGGAUAUGGAGUUGAAGCGGACGGAGAUGAUCAUUGAGUCACAGCAGCGGAUCUUCGAUGUGUUUUUGGAAGGGUUUGGAGGUAAGGAGAGGGCGAAGAGGAUGCCGCUGUCGCCGGAGAAUUAGAAACUGAAUUUCUUUUCAGCAUUCUUGAAGUGGUUUGUCGGAUGGGGUUACUCUCAUCUUUGCACAGGCUAUCGGGUUUGCGAUCUCUUGUCACGAAAUGGAAGCAGGCGAUCAGAGCAAAAAUGACUAAUCCUUUUUUGGAUAACGUAAGUCAGCUUCCACGUUUUUUUUGGCCUAUAUGUGAACCAAAAUGUUUGGAAUGGGCAUUAUUGUCACUUGUCACUACGGACUUUACAAAUUUAGGGGUUGUUUGGCGGAAGGCAGAAUACCAAGGAUGGAUGUGCUUAUGUCUGUGAUAUUACUCAUUGCUUGCUAUUCUUGGGUCUAUGGAUGCUGCAAGUGAAGUAUGCAUGUGAUCACCAUCUGUGGCUGCUAUGGCGAGUCCCAGUUAUUGCUUGCUUCACUGGUUUAAGAUGGACUAAUUGAUAUGCGGCAGGUGUCAGUUGGGACUACCUAGAUGAGCUGAAAGGAGUUCAAAAGUUAAAAUUCUUCGGUUUCUUGCCGAAUAAGCCUGAUGUUGCUUAUGGGAUAAUCAUUUUAACUUAUAUAUCAAUUAAGAAUUUUUUUAUUUUUUAUUUUUUGUUGGUAUGUUCUUUGAUUGUGACAUGUGAAUAGGUUCAUGUAUUGAAUUUCUAUUCUGGUGA